CCCCUCUUUUCAGAAGGGUGUCUGCCCGGCGGUGGAGGCUGACCCCGCAUUUGUAGUGCGACCUCGCCGCGGUGUGUGCCCAGCGCGGGGGAAGGGGUGGUGAGGUUAGCGGCGCCGGAGGCGGGCGGGAGGGUGGUGCCAGGCAGUGGCAAGGCAGCCGCUGUCGCGGUUGCGGUGCGCCGCUGAGGGGUGAGGGCCCCUGACAGAGCGCGGCCGCAGCGCCAUGGCGGGCGUGGGGCGGCGGCUGCGGGCCGCGCCGGCCGAGCCCCGGCUCUGAGAGGGCGCGCCUCACCGCCGCUCUCGCCCCGCCGCGGGCCGGGUACCGGCCUCCCGCCGCCUCCCGGCGUUCCUGUCCGCCUCCCCUUCCCCUCGGCCGCCCUUCGCGGGUCGCGGCCCGGGCAGCGCUCGCCCCCCUGCCCUUUCCCGCCGUGCUGUGGAGAUGGCGUCGGGGCUGCGCGCCGCCGGUUUCCCCCCCUGGAAGCGGCACAUCGCGGCGGAGCUGCGGCGGCGGGACCGGCUGCAGCGGCAGGCCUUCGAGGAGAUCAUCGGGCAGUAUAACAAGCUACUAGAGAAGUCAGACCUUCAUGCAGUACUGGCUGAUAAGCUUCAAGCAGAAAAAUAUGACGUGCAAAGCAGACAUGAGAUCAGUCCAGGGCAUGAUGGCGCAUGGAAUGAUGCUCAGUUGCAGGAACUGGCACAGCUGAAGAUAAAGCAUCAAGAGGAGCUGACAGAGCUGCAUAAGAAACGUGGCGAGUUGGCCCAGUCUGUAAUUGAUCUGAAUAACCAAAUGCAGCAGAAGGACAAAGAGAUGCAGAUGAAUGAAGCAAAGAUUGCAGAGUAUUUGCAAAAGAUCUCUGAACUGGAAACAGAGUGCCAGGAAUUGCGUAACAAACUGCAAGAUCUUGAGCGAGCUAAUCAGACACUGAAAGAUGAAUAUGAUGCUCUCCAGAUCACCUUCAAUGCCUUGGAGGAGAAACUGAGGAAAACUACUGAAGACAACCAGGAGCUGGUCUCACGUUGGAUGGCAGAGAAAGCACAAGAAGCCAAUCGUUUGAAUGCAGAAAAUGAAAAGGAUUCAAGGAGACGACAAGCCAGGCUGCAAAAGGAGCUAGCAGAAGCUGCCAAAGAACCCCUGCCUGUUGAACCGGAUGAUGAUAUUGAAGUGCUUGCAGAUGAAACGUCUGACACAGCUGAGGAGACAUCUCCAGUGCGAGCUGUCGGCCGAACUUCCAGUAAGCGACUCUCCCAGCCAGCUGGAGGCCUUCUGGACUCUAUCACUAAUAUCUUUGGUCUGUCUGAGUCUCCCCUUUUGGGACAUCAAUCUUCUGAUGCUGCCAGGAGGCGUUCUUUGUCCUCGUUCCCUGCUCCCCAGGAUAAUGUAGAGCCACAUCCAGGUGCCAGUAAAGAAGUGAGAGUGCCCACUACUGCCAUAUGUGUCUUCGACGCACAUGAUGGGGAGGUGAAUGCAGUGCAGUUCAGCCCUGGCUCCCGGUUACUAGCAACAGGAGGCAUGGACCGGAGGGUUAAGCUUUGGGAAGUCUUGGGAGAUAGGUGUGAGCCUAAAGGUUCCCUCUCUGGUAGUAAUGCUGGGAUUACAAGCAUAGAAUUUGAUAGUGCUGGUUCUUACCUCUUGGCAGCUUCAAAUGACUUUGCCAGCAGAAUCUGGACGGUUGAUGACAAUCGAUUACGGCACACCCUGACAGGUCACAGUGGUAAAGUUCUGUCGGCCAAGUUCUUGCUGGACAAUGCACGCAUUGUUUCAGGAAGUCAUGACCGGACCCUCAAGCUCUGGGACCUCCGCAGCAAAGUUUGUAUAAAAACAGUGUUUGCAGGAUCUAGCUGCAAUGACAUCGUAUGUACUGAGCAAUGUGUAAUGAGUGGACACUUUGAUAAGAAAAUUCGUUUCUGGGACAUCAGGACUGAAAGCAUAGUAAAAGAGCUGGAGCUGCUUGGAAGAAUCACAGCUCUGGACCUGAACUCAGAGCGAACAGAGCUUUUGACCUGUUCCCGUGAUGAUCUACUAAAGAUCAUUGAUCUGCGGGUUAGUGCUGUCAAGCAGACAUUCAGUGCCCAGGGAUUCAAAUGUGGCUCUGACUGGACGAGAGUUGUGUUCAGCCCUGAUGGUAACUAUGUGGCUGCUGGUUCAGCUGAUGGGGCCCUCUACAUUUGGAAUGUGCUCACUGGGAAAUUGGAGAGGACGCUUGCAAAGCAUCACAGUUCUUCUAUCAAUGCAGUCGCAUGGUCACCAGCAGGUGCCCAUGUGGUCAGUGUGGACAAAGGAAACAAGGCUGUCCUGUGGUCUGAAUUUUGACUGAACGGAGGGUGAAAGGCAGAGCGUCCACUGCCUCUGUGUGUGGUGGUGCUGGUCCAUGGCUGAACAGAAUGGAGACCUGAGCCCAGAUCCAUCCUGAGUUGGGAUAUUAACAAGCGCAUGGGCUUCACUUUCCAGAGGAAAGUUCUAAAGCAAUGGAGAAGGAGCCUGAGUCAGAGACUUCUUAUGGCCGUAACUGCACUGUGGCACUCGGACUCAGCAAGGGAUUAGCUGUUCUGGAUGGAGAAUGCUACUUAGUCAUGCCUUUACAUGCAGUAUCUAUGCACCAAGUGGAGCUGAAGAUACUAGCGGGAUUCCUCACCAGACAGCUGUGCCAAAUACUCUGUCACACAAAUGUAUCUACAGCACUUCUGAGUUGGAAAUGUUGGAAAGAAGUUACUGUGUAUGCUGACUUAAUACAUGUCCCGUCUCCUGUGUUCUGUUCUUGUGGCCUAGUUCAGGCAUGGGGUGAGAAGAUCCUGAAAUGUGGACAGGUCCUAGGCAGUCUGAAGUGUUGGAACAGCUUUUAAAGCGAGUCUCCUGUGGCUCCGGCAGCUCUGCCUUUGAGUUAUCAGCUCAAUUCAGAUCUGCUCUGAUCCUGACACAGGUUCUCCAUCACUGUCACGUGAACUCUUUGUAUCAGUUUCACCUGUUCUUAAGGCAAUGGUCCGUUCUUCAGGACUUCUGCACCUGUUUGUUAAAAUGCCCUUCAACAACUUGGGUAUCACAAAAUAGGAGAUUUUUAAUAUUUUUAUUCCACAGGCAGUUUGGUUACUGGGUGUGAGGAGAGAGAAGUUCAACUUCUGUUGUGCUGCUGUGAUAAGGAAUGUAGUCAUACUGUGACUUCAGCACCAGAAUCUAGAUGGUUGGUCCCUUUUUCUGUUCAUCCGUCCUGUCCUGGCGGCUGUCAGUAGAACACAGGGGAGCAGUGGGGUUAAAUCCCAAAUCCAUUGUUUUGGUGCUGGCAAUUCCAGGCCAUUUGCCCCCUUCUUGAGCACACGUGCAAUAUUCCUGUUUGCGCUGGAGCCCUCUGUGCUACGGAGCAGUGUCUUGGCUCUGUCCCUGUUAAAGCAUCCAAAACCGUGAUGUGUCUGGGUGAGCUACCUGGCAUAACUUUAUCCAGCCAAACCUGUCCACAUCGUCUGGGCCUCAAGACAAGCCACCAGCGUUUUAUUGCCUUUUUAUUUGCACUUUAUUUUCUUCUUUCCUGAUAGUGUUUUACUAAGGAAGUGUGUUCUUUGGAGGGGCUGGGUUAGGGGGCAGCUGCUCUAACAGGCAUCUCUCUAACCUAGCCUUUUGUUCAGACACUUUCUGCAGUGGGGAAUUAGAGUAUAUGGGGCAAAGUUUUUAUUUAUUCAGCUGCCCGUAAGAACUUGAUUGUAAAUAAACCUGUGUUCUGCUUUUAAAACCCCA